AUGAACUCCUCCAUCGGCAAUAUAUCACUAGCCUCAAAGGCCCAGCAAAUAUCUUUAGCAUCCCAGAACAUCCAAUCAUCAAUUUCAAUCGACCAACAAGCUUCUCAACAACGGAAUUCAUCCGGUGGGAGUCAGAACAACAAUAAUAGUAGUGGCGGGGCUGUAGGAGGCGUUCGUAGCCAAGCGAGUCCCCGCAAUAUCCAGGCGAGCAAGGCGAAACAUAAGAACCAUCGGAAGCCGAGUAUGCAAAGGGACGACGUUAUUGCUGAAACUAUCGCAAUGACUUCGAACUCUGCUAGCCGGAAAGGCCGGACUUCUAUCACGCAUUUGAUGGAUUGGAGCCUGCCGCAUCCUCGUCCUCAGCAUGGCCACCACCCCCACUCCCGAGGAUUCCAUGGAAACAGACGAACUCCUUCGUGGGGCCAGGGCAGUGGUUAUCAUGCCAUUGAUAAGGCGAGAUACGUAAAUGCCAAUUAUCGCUUUAUUGUCGACCCAACCGGCGAUUACCGCCCCCAAUCACUCGAUCCGGACUCUACCCUCCCCUGGACGUCUAUUCUUCAAAUCCUCGCAUCCUCAAUUACCCAAUCUCCAUCUUGUCCGAUAUGUCUCUGCGACCCAGUGGCCCCGCGUAUGGCUCGGUGCGGCCACAUCUUUUGUCUUCCAUGUUUAAUUCGCUACAUGGCCUCCGAGGACGCCGAAGCCCAAAAACAGGGACAACACUUCAACAACAACCAAAAUAAACCGAAGUGGAAGAAGUGUCCGAUAUGCUAUGACAGUAUUUAUAUGAAUGAAGUCAGACCUGUUAAGUUUUAUACGGGCCAAGAGGUUCCGGCGCCGAGGGAAGGGGAAGAUGUAACGUUGAGACUUAUGAUGAGGCAACCGGGAUCCACGUUAGCGCUACCGAAGGAUGUAGCGAGUAGUAUGCCGGUCCUCAAGAGGAAGGGCAGCAUUGGAGAUAAAAAGGAAGAGGCUGAUUUUAUUCCAUGGUAUUACGCAGCGGAAGCUACGGAUUACGCUAGAAUUAUGAAGGGGACAAGAGAAUACCUAAAAGAAGAAUACGAACGAGAAAUUACAGAGCUAGAAGAACAAGAGAGAGUUGAUGAGUUAAUGUUCGGCGACGAAACAGAUUGGGUCCAGAAGGCGAUCGGGAAGGUUAAAUCCGCGAUUGAGAAAACCCAGGAACUCCCUGAGAAGGGACAGGAGAAACUUGAGAAGUUUUCGGGUAGGGAGCUCUUGGAGAAACAACUAUUGGAGGAAUCAGAGGCGCGAGCGGAGUUGAAUAAACAAAGAGAGAAGAUCAUACAACAAACUGAGGUCGAUGUUCCAGAGAUGUACUUGAUGACUUCUUCAAGCGCACAGAACGGUAUCGGGCAUGAAAGCCAUUCACCAGUAGAUACAACUACUCCCCAGGUGGAGACGCCGACGAAACCACAGGCUCCUGCCCCGAGAUCUCCAACGAGACAUCGGGCGCCGAAGCCGAUCGAUGUUCAUGAUCCUGCACAACCCUACUUCUUUUACCAGGCGUUACCUCAUUCAUAUUUAUCACCACUUGAUAUCAGGAUCCUUAAAGUUGCAUUUGGAAGCUUUGCAGCGUUUCCCUCGAAUGUGCUCCCUCGAGUCGAGAAUUUCAGUAUGGGGCAUGUGGUUGAUGACGAGUUGAGAAAACGAGCGAAGUAUCUUAGUCACCUACCUUAUGGGUGUGAAGUCGCCUUCUUAGAGUGCGACUGGACAGAUAUCGUACCAGCAGAUAUUCUAGAGAAGUUCUCGGCUGAUUUGGAGAAGCGAAGGCGGAAGAAGAAAGAGAAGGAUAAUAGAGAAGAACGGGAUCGUGUUCGAGCUGAAAGAGAAGAAGAUGAAAAGAGGUGGAGCGGGGCGAGACGGAGUGCGCCCGGGAGAAGCGAGAGUGGUGCAGGAGAGGAUGAGUUGGGGUUGGCUAUGGAGAUUAGUAGAAGGGAGUUUGAGACAGUGGCGGAGGAGGAGGAUCAAGAUGGAGGAAUAGUUCCUGAUAGGCCGAAAUUCGGGUUUGGAAGUUUGCCGCAAAGUAGUCCGCCUAAUAGUCGGACAGUUUGGGGAACUCCGAUCGUAAGCGGCGGGGAAGAGACACCGAAGCAGUACAGUGCAAUCUUGGAAGAGAAAAAAGAUGCUGGGUGGAUCGAAGGGUGGGACAAGGGUGUUGAUGCAGCAGACCAAGCUGCCAUUGCCGCCGCUAUGGCUAGUAGCAGUAGUGGAGGAGCGAAGGGAAAGAAGAAGUUUAAGAAAGUGACGCUGAUGACGAAUACUGGGAAGAGGAGGGCUUAA